UGAGGUGCAUGUCUGCUACCCAUGGAGGACGAAACGAAGAUGCUGUUACCAAGAGGAGAAGAAGAAAAAUAAGUGCUUUGCAGCUGCUGUUCUGAAGAAGUCCAGCACAAGAAACUUUGGAGCAGCUGGAGUCGAGCCUGUGUGGCAACAAGGGAAUGGCACAACAGGCUGUUUCCGAAGAGGAGCGUCCGAAUAUCGCUAUGACGCAGAGCGCAACGCGACGCAAGCAGCGUUUUGUCAACUUGUACAGCCGCCAAGGCGUCGAGUUGCUUCCUGGCCGCCAUCCGUGCGAGUGCGAGGCCCACCGGCACGCGCUCAUCAACAACUGCCUUCGUUGCGGUCGCAUCGUCUGCCGCCAGGAAGGGUCGGGACCGUGCUUCACCUGCGGCAAUUUGGUAUGCACUAAUGAAGAAAAGGAGCUCCUGUCUCGGGAUUCGAAGAAGAGCCAUCAGCUUCGAAACAAGCUGAUGAGCCAAAUCGUUGAUGAGGGUCUUGCCAAGGCUAUUGAGCAUAAGAAUCGGCUUCUGGAAUAUGAUCGUACCUCGCAGCGUCGUACCCUGGUCAUAGAUGACAAUUCCGACUAUUAUUCCUCCGACAACAAAUGGCUGACGCUUGAGCAACGAGAAAUGAUUCGUAAAAAGGAACAAGAGUUCUACGCAGAGCUACAUGAUUCUCGACGGCAACAAAAGGUGACGCUAGACUUUGCUGGGCGCCAAGUUGUGAAGGAAGGCCCACAGCAUGCCAGCGUCCAGAGCUUGUUGCAGUCACUUGUAGCACCUAUGGCUGAAACAAAUAUUUAUGACCGAGUGUGUAGAGAAGUGGAAUCCAUGCACUUUAUUGAUCCAGCUUUGGAUAUGCCACCUCCUGAGUAUGUACCAACAGGGGCCCUUCAUGCGCCGAGGCGUAAUCGUCUGAUGGGCGACAACAGCCUAGUGUGCACCUCAAGCAAUAGAGAAUUCAUCAGCUCCCGCAUUCAGGAUCGAGCUCUCAUGGAAAUGUCUGAUGAUGGCUUUGCUCUUUCUGUGCAACAACCAUUUGCUGGUCUGCUAGUGGCUGGAAUCAAAAAGCAUGAAGGGCGUGCUUGGUUCACAGAGUACAGGGGUCGUCUGUGGAUCCAUGCAGCCAGCAAACAGCCCUCACCGGAAGACAUCAGUGAAGUGACUGGCAUUUAUCGCAAGAUUGUCAAAGAGUCCGAAGAACUGAAAUUUCCGGAAGAGUACCCGACGAGUUGCCUCUUGGGAUGUGUCAAUCUUGUUGACUGUCUGCCCCAGGACAUCUACCGUGAACAGUAUCCAUUUGGAGAAUGCUUUUCUCCUUUUGUCUUGAUAUGUAAGGAACCUCAAGAGCUGAAAACAAAGUUUCCUAUGAAAGGACAACACAAAAUCUUCAAAAUGGACUCGAGGCUGCACCAUGCAGCAAAGAAGACACUGCUCUGCCCUCAGAUCUUGGAACGCUAACCAGAUUUUUAUAACUGUGGGAAAGAAGCCUCUGUUUUUUGCGCAGAAAAUAAAUUCUUUAUUAUUGUACAACG